UCGCGGUGAGCGACAUUUACGGAACCACUAUCGCAGCAGUCACUGUCUGUAUCUGAAAUCGAGCAGGCUGGGAUAAAUACUUAAGCUGACUGUCCACUCAACCACUGAUCCGUUUCUUGGAUGACUUUCGCCGGCGGCGGGAGUACGAGCCAUGAUGGACUCCGACGACUUCGAUGACUUUGACGACGACAUCGCCGACGAGGACCUGGUCAAUGUCCUCACUCAGGCUUCCGAGAAUGCAUCUGGGAGCCAUUCGGGCACGGGUGGCAGGAAUAGUGCGAACAAGGCCCCUUCUAGGACACCACGCAGCAACUCGAAUGCAGUCAUCGAUCUGGACGGGCUAGACGAAUUCCCAUCCGACGCGAUCGACAGCUCGCCCGUACAGUCUAGAACAGCUGGGCCGUAUCACUCUUCUUUCCGCUCAACCAGGCCGACACAGGGUCAGAAAGCCAACGCGUCCCAGACUUACCGCCAGACCAACCUCUGGGGAGAUGCGGUCAGAGAAACUGAGGCUCCGCAGUCUCAGGUCCCGUCGAGAAGAGUCUACCGGGUCGACAUGCCUCCAGAAGCCCCGACUCACCAUGCUCUGGAUCAUGAGGCCCUCAAGACCUGGGUCUAUCCCACUAACCUGGGUCCGACUCGGGAUUACCAAUUCAGCAUUGUCAAAAAUGGCUUAUUCAACAAUACCCUCGUGGCUCUUCCCACAGGCCUGGGCAAAACUUUCAUCGCGGCCACCAUCAUGCUCAACUACUUUCGCUGGACAAAGAAUUCCAAGAUCAUUUUCGUGGCGCCAACCAAGCCCCUCGCUUCUCAACAGGUGGAAGCUUGCAUGAACGUGGCCGGAAUUCCCCGAUCACAAGCAACGCUCUUGACCGGCGAGAUCUCGCCAGCUCUACGUGAGGGCGAGUGGGAGAAGAGGAGGCUAUUCUUCAUGACACCACAAACCCUUCAGAACGAUCUGUCCAAGGGAUAUGCUGAUCCAAAAGCAGUGGUGCUCCUGGUCAUUGACGAGGCACACCGCGCAACUGGUGACUACGCCUACGUUAAGGUUGUGGAAUUCAUUCGACGAUUCAACCCCAGUUUCAGGAUCCUCGCUUUGACAGCCACACCAGGCUCAACAGUCGAAGGCGUGCAGGCAGUCAUUGACAGCCUGGGAAUUUCGACUGUUGAGAUUCGGAUGGAAGAGUCGAUCGAUAUUCGUCAGUAUGUCCAUUCUCGCGAAGUGGACCAGGUCAUCCUAGAGCCGUCGGAUGAAAUGCUCCAAGUGCAAGAUCUCUUCUCUAAAGCACUGAGGCCGCUGUGCAACAAACUCGCUCAGGCCAACAAGUGGGUAGCGCGAGAUCCGAUGUCGAUGACAGUGAUGGGACUACGAGAAUCGGCCAGGCAGUGGAGCCUCGGAGCAGGAAAGCACGCAAACCCAGGCACUAAAUUCAUGAUGAUAGCCAUCUUUACAAUUAUGCAGAGUCUGGCACAUGCCAUCAAGUUGCUGAACUUCCAUGGAAUCGCGCCAUUCUACCACAAAAUGAUGGACUUCAGGUCAGAGACUGAAGAGAAGGGGGCAAAAGGUUCCAAAUACAAACGGCAGAUCCUCGAGGACGCCAAUUUCCAGGAGAUGAUGGAUACAAUCGACAAGUGGCAGAGGUUGGAUGGUUUUGUUGGCCACCCAAAACUGUCAUACCUGUGCCAAAAUCUUCUGAAUCACUUCAUGGAUGCAGGCCGAGAGUCGAACACCAGGGCGAUUGUUUUCAGUGAAUACAGAGACAGCGCUGAAGAAAUCGUUCGCACUUUGAACAAGCACAAGCCCAUGAUCAAAGCCACCAUAUUCGUCGGUCAAGCAGAUUCGAAGCGAAGCGAGGGAAUGAAACAAAAGCAACAGAUAGAAACGAUCGAAAAGUUCAGGACUGGAGAAUUCAACGUCCUCGUCGCCACCUCGAUUGGGGAGGAGGGCCUGGACAUCGGCCAGGUCGACCUGAUUGUUUGCUACGAUGCUUCGGCGUCACCAAUCCGUAUGCUGCAACGUAUGGGGCGGACUGGCAGGAAACGUGCCGGAAACAUUACGCUGCUUCUGAUGAAAGGUAGAGAGGAGGAACAAUUCAGAAAAGCAAAGGACAACUAUGAAAAGAUGCAGAAAUUCAUCUGCGAAGGCACUCGGUUCAACUUUCGAGACGAUCUCUCUUCGAGGAUCAUCCCACGGGACAUCAAGCCACAAGUCGACAUGCGCAUGGUUGAAAUUCCGAUUGAAAACACCCAGAACCAGACACUGCCGGAGCCAAAACGGGCCUCCGCACCAAGGAAAAAGGCCACACAGAAAAAGUUCAAUAUGCCGGAUGGAGUCAUCACGGGGUUUGUGAAAGCUUCCAACUUUGGAAGCAACGCGUCUAAAACGAAACCUCGGCCAUGGAAGCCUAGCGAGCUUGACACGCUGGCAGAAGUGCCUUCCCUCGAGGCAGUACUUCUAGAUCCUGUCCAAACGGAUGAGUUAGACGAUACUUACCGUAACAUGCCAUCCAAACAUGCAUCGCAAGAGGAUAUCGCGGGACCUGAUCUGACCGCACAUCCUAGAGCACAGCGCAAACUUGGGCCCAAUAUCAGGCUUCAGCACGGAAGACAUACGAGACGGUGUGUGAGCCUAUUCAGAAGACUAGCCAAUUCGCAGUCGCCUGUGGACUUGUACCACCAGCCUUAUGGAGAAACCGAUCAGUCACGUUACAUCGAGCUCCCUAUUCCUGACUUCGCAGAUGAUACCGAUGGCGAGGCGGGGGGCCCUGCAGCACCCGAACCAACGUCGCAGAAGAGGGCCUUGCCUCCUAUGGAUUCAAGGAAGCCGACGGGUCCAAAGCGGAGGAAGUAUGACUCCAAAGUCAAUGGUGCACCGCGCCAGCAAUCCAAGAGUGCCACACUAGUUGAUUGUGACGCAGGAGAUGAUUUUGACAGCGAUCCCUUCGCCGAGGAAGACGAUGAAAACGACAGAUGUCAACCGCUGCCUAAGAGACUAGCAUCGAGGUCCAAACCAAAGGCUCGAGCGGGCAAGCCCUCAGCAAGUACUGAUCUUGUCGAGGAUUACGGAGACGACUGCACCAGGACCAGCCAAUUACACGAAAUGGAUGACUCAGACGACGGUGCUGACCUGCUGGACUUUAUCGUUGGCGACGAUGAUCCGAUUUCAAGUGUGCGAGGCGGAUCGACAUCGCCGACCUCCACGCCACCGCGUCUCCCAUCGCAGAUGUCAGGGCCAAGGGGGAGGAAGGAUGCUUCGUGUGAGGUUUUGCCAACAUCGCAAAGCCAGGGUAGCGAGGACUUGCCGAGUAUGAGUCAGAUGGGUGGGCCGAAGAGGAGCAAGCGGGAGACCAGAGGACCGCUGCUGUCUGAUUCCGAUGAAGAAGACGACAUUUGGACAAAACCAGCUGCGCACAAGAGAAGGCGGCGGACUGUCCAGGCCAGCGAGACAGAGAGUGAGUAG